AUGUUAGGGAAGAAAUUUCGUCCGAUAAUCGGGAAAUUGUCCGAAUUAUUGGUUUCUGGUAACAAACUCAGAUUUUUCAACCCCAUAAUCCCUUUAGAUCUCAAGAGCUCAUCGCCCAAAACUUCCAAGAGAUACGACGUCGGUGGGGUCGGAUUAGGGAUCGUCACCGCACUCGAGAAGUCUACUUUCACCGAUUGUCACAACCGUGCAAUUUGUUGCUCAAAUUUGAACCGAUCGAAUACGAUCGUCGUUGAUUCCGGGAAGGGUUGUGAUAGUUUCAAGGGAAGAACCGAUGAUUUGGAGGAGGAUUAUAAGCAUGUGAUAAGCCAUCCGCCUGGGAAAUCAUUCCAUCAUGUUAAAGAAAAGCCAGAAGCAAGACUGGCUAAAGACGACGUCGUUUACCCAAAUUCAAAUUUUCUCGCCUCUUGUCAUCUUUGCCGGAAAAAGCUGCAUGGCAAAGACAUAUACAUGUUUAGAGGGGAGACAGGGUUUUGCAGUGAAGAGUGUAGGUCGAGGCAAAUAAUGAAGGAUAAGAGGAAAGAAUAUGGCCGCAGAUCAACAGCUUCAAGAUCUGCAAAAUUUUCAACCUCUCCUCAUAAUAAUACAGGCCAAAUCUUCUCAACUGCAACUUAUCCUUGCAGAUCUUCUGACUUACGUUUUUAA